AUGAGACCGUUGCAAGAUUGCAAACAUGCACGACUUCCGCGAACCAAAACUGCACAUUAUUUUGAUAUAUUAGAAUCAGGAGAAAGUGGUAAAACUACACUUGCUGUAGCCAUCGGUAGAAGAGUUAUGCUAAUGAUAGAAGAAUCCAAGACUGAUAGUGAAAUGGGAUUCGAAUAUACACAUAUCAAGGCUAUAAAGCGAGCGGAAAACUCUGAAGACAGCGGUCCACGAAGAGGAACAUUAGUCAAUGCAUUAAGAAUCGGCGAUGAAAGGGAUGGACAAAUAGUAUUAUGUUAUAACCACACAUGCCACUUCGAAAGAAUAACAAGUAAAGGAUUGGAGAGCGAUGGAGAAUAUGAUUUUCAUUGGACAACGGUGCCGGCCGCAGUGGUUUGUGCGUUCCCAUACAUAAUGGCAUUCGCGGAAGACUUGUUGGAAAUUAGGCUGGUUGCUAACGGAUCGCUGGUGCACGCCGCCUGUAUACCCGGACUGAAAUUGCUUUGUGGCAGGAGGGAUAUAUUCUAUGUGGCAUGCGCACCCGAGUACGUGCCGCUGAGUCGCGAAAUAGACCCUAGUUUCAUGCACGACUACGAAUUACUGGCAAGACAGAUCAACAACAAGGGAACACCAUACUCGCUAGACGAAGACGAUAACGAUAACAGGGGCGACAACUGUACUACUAAUAAUCGUACGUCGGAAAACAACUCUGAAUCAAGUCGAAGUAGCUCGAUAUCUUCAGAGCAGGAAAACAUACGACCACCAUUACAAAGAAUGGCUCCUAUAUCACCGCCAAGCUCGCCUCAAGUACUGCCCGAAAACAGCGGGCGUUGCGUGCGAAUCUACAAGAUCCCGCAGAGCAAUCUUAGCGCUGGAGCAUAUCAGAGACAGUCUGUAUCUGCAGACCAAGUCGUAACUUCAUAUUUCUCAGACAGACCAAACAGCAUCAGACAGAGACUUGCAGAACUGAGAUUGGACAGCAAAUCAAGGGGUGGAGGUGAAGACGAAACUCUCUAAAGCGUCCUAUAACCAUAGUUAGGUAUCGAAUACGGAACCAGGUGCACAAUUUUAUGUAAUUUGUAUGAUACACUAUAUUCGACGUUGUUAAAUAUUUGGAGUAUACCAGACAGUAAACUUAGUAUGUACGUACUGCUAUAGUUAGACAAAGUUUUAAGUAGAACGUUCAUGUAGAUAAGUAGUGGAAUUUGAAAUAGUGCGAUUGAAAUUGUUGUGAUACAUGGGUGAUGCGUAACAGACAUAAUGUAAUUAUGUAUUUAAUAAAUUAUCAAAUAAAUAAAUAGCUAAAAAGUUUAUAUUAUUGAAUGGAAAAUACUUAGUUAAUUAGUAAAUAUUUUCAUAAAAACUCUCAAAAAAAAUUGUAUAAUAGCAAUGUUAAUUUCAAAGUUAUUGAAUUUGAAUACCUACCAAUGAAAACAGUUAUUGAAUAGCAUUGCACAAAAAAUUAUAUGCUCAAAUUUAAUAUCGCCAUUAUAUAGUAGAUUGAUAAAAUUUAUAUGA